AUGGCCGACGGAGUUUACAGUCUCGAGGAGGUGGGCAAGCACACUUCAAAGACCGAUCUGUGGGUUGUCGUCUGGAACCAUGUCUAUGAUGUAACAAAAUACCAAGAAGACCAUCCCGGUGGUAAAGAGUUCCUGCUUGAGAACGCAGGCGCCGACGCAACAACGGCAUACGAAGAUAUCGGACAUUCGACAGAUGCUAGAGAGAUACUGGAGAACUUCCGCAUUGGCAAAGUCACGGACGAUGAUUGGGUCGACCAUGAGACGAAGAAGAUGCCAGACGUUAAGCCAAAGAACGUCCACGUCGUCAACAAUCUCCCUCCCCCGAAACCACACAACCUGCAUUUGCCGCUUGUAGCUGGAGGUCUCGCAACGCUGAUUGUGUCCAUUGUACUUGGUCGACGAUUCUCCCCGGAUCUGCAUCACUUUCAAACGGGCGGUUUCUGGAAGGGCUUUGCUCUGUCUUCGGUUGCCAGUAUGGCUAUAGCAGGAUAUACCAGUCUCUGGGCCACGAAGAACUUCAACGUCGCACACAAGGACUUCCAAUCAUAUCCAGCACACGUCAAAGCCAAGUCAACGUCUGCAAGACCUUCGCAGAAGAAAAACAUCAAUCUGGGAGUACUCAAUGCCCGUGAAUAUCAAGAGUUCCCACUCAAAGAAAAGUUCAACCUUUCACACGACACUAUCCGUUUCGUCUUCAGCCUUCCAAAUGAGAACUCCGUCUUGGGGCUGCCAACUGGCCAGCACAUCGCAAUCAGACACGAUGUGGACGGAAAGCAGCUUGCGCGAUCAUACACACCCACGUCCAGCAACAAGGAUACUGGACGCUUAGAACUGACCAUCAAGAUCUACGAAGGUGGAAAGCUCACUCCUUAUUUGAGCAAGCUGGAAGUCGGAGACAAGGUCGAGAUCAGAGGACCAAAGGGUGAAAUGAAGUACCACAAGAACCUGGUCAAAGAGCUUGGAAUGAUUGCCGGUGGUACUGGUAUUACGCCAAUGUUCCAAAUCAUUCGCCGCAUCUGCGAAGAUCCAAGAGACGACACCAAGACUACGCUAAUCUACGCAAACAAGACCGAGGAGGACAUCUUGUUAAAGAAGGAGCUGGAUGACUUUGCGCAAAAGUACGACCAGUUCAAGAUCCAAUACGUCUUGAGCAGCCCACCAGACAAUUGGAAAGGCUGUAAGGGUCGCAUUAACAAGCAGAUGAUUAAGGAGUAUAUGCCAGCACCAGCUGGUAUGGACUCAAAGGUGCUUGUAUGCGGACCAGAUCCUAUGAUGGAGAGCAUGGUCAAGAUAUUGGAAGAGCAAGGGUUCAAGCCACCUGGCAAGAUUUCGAAACCACAGGAUGAGAUUUUUACCUUCCAGUAAGAGGAAGCCCUCGUGGCGUGCUGUUGCUUUUUUCGUUCUUGCGGCAUUGUCGGAGCCUGUGGAAUAUAUCGUAUCGAUAACAAAUAAAUCCCCAAUCAUGCAAUG